AUGGAAAAGCCUCAAAAUGAUAUGGGAGUUGGGUAUAUUGACAUAAAAACUACAAAUGGUAAAGACGGCAAAAGGUCAAAGUUGGAAGGAACUUCAAAUGGUGAUGAAAAGUUGUUUCCAAAGAUAGGGAUGGUUUUUAAUUCUGAAGAUGAAGUACGGUGA